AUUUUAUUUCCUUUCUUUUACCUACUUUUGUUUUAUACUAAAUUAUGAGAAAAGCAUUUAUAAUAAGCGUAUUGCUUUCAUUUGUAUUAUCAGCUCAAACAGUUUUGAUACCUCCUCGUUUCGGAUCAAGUUGCGCUUAUACAUUUCAAAAGAUUUAUUGUUAUGGCGGAAAGCUUGACGACGUACAAUACAAUAAUGACAUAUAUGCAUUGGAUCUAAAAGACAUAUCUGCGGGACUAUCAGCAGAUUUAAGAUACAAAUGGGACUUGGUCAAUGUAAGUUCAAGUAUAGGUGUUCCUCGAGACGAAUACAGAUAUGCCAGUCAGUUUGUUUCAUUACCCGAUGGAUCUUUAUUUUUUGAUGGCGGAUACAAUGAGAAGAACCCACUUGUAGCCAGAAAUGCGACUUAUGAUCCACAAAGAAAUAAAUGGAUAUCAUAUCCCGGUCCCGGUUAUAACGAUGUUCUAAAUGGAGGAUAUAGACAAAUAUAUUCCGCAGCAGCGGCAUAUGUACCUGAUACUAAUAGCAUUAUAUUUUGUGGAGGAAGACAAUUGAAUGCUGCUAUAAACUAUACUUACAAAAACCCUAAAGUUCUUGGUAAUCUGACAUAUGAAACAAUAUCAAAACAGAAUUCCACAAAAACCCUAGUUGAAAGCAUUUAUGGAUAUUACAACGUAACCGAACUAAACCUUGAUACAAGAAUAUGGACCACCCGAAAAAGCAAUCCUUUGGGUGUAAAUGGCUCCCCAAUUAUAAUGAGUGAUUGGACAGCAACAUACCAUCCGGGAACCAAAUCGAUAAUUUACUUGGGAGGACUUGAAAGUAGUCAAUACAAUCUUAAAGGUUCGCCGAGAUCUUUAGGCGAGGUUUUCUCUUACGAUACUCAAAAUUCCUCAUGGACUUUACACCCAACCAACGGAUAUGAUAGGCCAACAGCCAGAUUUGGGCAUUCUGCAACAAUGUUAAGUACUGGAAAUAAUAUUAUCAUGUAUGGAGGCGUUCAGAAGUCUAGCUAUGGAAGUGUGGACGGAGAGCUUGUAUCCGAUUAUGUAUAUAAUUUAGAUUUGAGAAACUUCACAUGGUUAUCUUACAACAAACCAUCAGGAUCCAUAGGACCUAGAGCCUUUCAUUCAGCUGUUCUUGUUAAUGGGACGAAUUUGUUUAUAAUGUUUGGUAAAAAAAAACAGGGUUAUUGGAGUCGUAUUGUUGCUGCAAAUGAAAUUAUGGUACUGAACAUAACAAGCAUGUCGUUUCUGGAGGCUUUGAGUAGAUAUCCCAGUCCUAUAACCGCUGUUCCUGUUAGUACGACAACGGUUAGUGGUCUUGCUGGUGGUGCUAUUGCUGGAAUAGUUGUUGGUAGUAUUGUGAUGAUCGGUCUUGUUGCCGCAGUGGCGAGAUAUUUUAAAAAAAGAAAGGAGAAGGGAGAAGAAACUACACAGCUUCGCAACAAUUGGGAUAGACGAGACGGUGAGCAUAGAAGGGACACACGGUCCGGUACAAACUCUACGAAUAUGAACAAUACAAGGACCUCAACUAACGAUGAAGCAAGUCAAUCUCUUUAUAACUAUUCGCCAACUUUGGUAGAAGCAACGUUAGUAAGACACUAAUUCUUAACUAUGCCCACUAUUAUUUGCAAGCAAUACCAAAGUCAGUGAUGCCUAAAUUGAUCUGUAAAAAAUUAUUUCCAAUAAAAAAUAUAAUUACUCCAACAAGUUGCC